AUGCCCACGAACGGAAUUAACAAAGCCUUGAAGCUGCAGUUUGGCCUCAUCAACCACGAAAGCCGUUACCUAACGGCCGAGGCCUUCGGCUUCAAGGUGAACGCCUCGGCCUCCAGCAUGAAGAAGAAGCAGAUCUGGACUCUGGAGCAAGAGGACCAGGACACCCAGGUAGUGUUCCUUCGCAGCCACCUGGGCCGCUACCUGGCCUCCGACAAGGAUGGUAAGGUGAGCUGCGGGGCAGAGCAGCCCGACUCGCCCGGCUGCCGCUUCCUGAUCGUGGCCCAGUCGGACGGCCGCUGGGCACUGCAGUCGGAAACAUACCUGCGCUUCUUCGGAGGCUCGGCUGACUACCUGUCCUGCUUCGCCCAGGCCAUCGGGGAGCCCGAGCUGUGGGCCGUCCACCUGGCCCUCCACCCGCAAUCUAGCCUGCUCAGCGUCGCGCGCAAACGCUACGCCCACCUGUUUGCCCGGGAAGGAGAGAUCUCGGUGGACAGCAACAUCCCCUGGGGCUCGGACUCCCUGGUCACCCUGGUCUACCUGGAAGGAAAGUACUUCCUGAAGACGUGCGACAGCCGCUUCCUCAGCAACGACGGGAAGCUGGUCAAAGAGAACACCCCCACCACCAGCUUCACCCUGGAGCUCAAGUCGGGCAAGCUGGCCUUCAAGGACUGCGAUGGGAAGUACCUGACGCCCAUGGGCCCGACCGGCACGCUGCGCUCAGGCAGGUGCUCCAAGCCUGGCAAGGAUGAGCUGUUUGAUCUAGAGGAGAGCCACCCACAAGUCAUUUUCCAGGCAGCCAACAAAAGAUUUGUCUCCGUCAAACAAGGUGUGAGCAUCUCAGCCAACCAGGAUGUGGAGACAGACAUGGAGACCUUCCAGAUGGAGAUUGAUAAGGAGAGCAAGAAGUGCAUGUUUAGGACCAACGGCGGUAACUACUGGACACUGGUCUCCCACGGAGGGAUCCAGUCCACAGCCACGGAGGUGGAGGCCAACACCAUGUUUCACAUUGAAUGGCUCGGCCGCAGUGUAGCACUGAAGGCAAGCAAUGGGAAGUACGUGUGCACCAAAAAGAAUGGGCAGCUUUCAGCCGUCAGCGAUUCCGUAGGUGAUGAUGAGCUCUUCCUGAUGAAGCUCAUUAAUCGGCCCAUGUUGAUCCUGCGAGGGGAGAACGGUUUUGUGUGUCAUCACAAGAGCUCCAACACGCUGGAUGCCAACCGAUCCGUCUAUGACAUCUUCUCACUGCUCUUCAGCGAUGGCGCCUACCACAUAAAAAGCGUGGGUGGAACGUUCUGGUAUGUCUCCAGCAGCGGCCUGGUGUGCUCAGACGGAGACAAGCCUGAGGACUUCUUCCUGGAGUUCCUGGAGCACGGGCGGGUGGGCAUCAAGGGCAAGAACGGCAAGUACCUGCGCGGGGACAGCGGCACGCUGAAGGGCGACGCUGCAACCGUGGACCCCUCCUGUCUCUGGGAAUACUAA